GUCAAAUUGCACGUGCAUAGCUUGCAUGUUGCGGUGGUUUGUGUUGUAAUCACCUUCGUAGACUGCUUUUAGCGAUAAAAAUACUUUUCAAUCCGUUCAACUCAAACGUUGUUUGUAAAUGGGAGGCACACAAAAAAAGAAGUAUGAGAGUGGCGCUGCCACAAACUAUAUCACCAGAAACAGAGCCCGCAAGAAAUUACAACUCAGCCUUCCCGAUUUCAGACGAUUAUGCAUUCUUAAAGGCAUUUACCCUCAUGAACCCAAGCACAAGAAGAAAGUGAACAAGGGCUCCACUGCCCCGAGAACCUUUUACCUUCUCAAAGACAUUCGCUUUCUUUUGCACGAGCCAAUUGUUGGCAAAUUCAGAGAGUACAAGAUAUUCGUUCGCAAGCUUAGGAAAGCUUAUGCAAAAACAGAAUAUUCUGCAGUGGAAAGGCUCAAGGAUAACAAGCCAGCAUAUAAAUUGGACCACAUUGUCAAAGAAAGGUAUCCCACAUUCAUUGAUGCUCUCCGGGAUAUUGAAGAUGCACUUUGUAUGUGCUUCCUUUUCUCCACAUUUGCUCGGACAGGGAAAUGUCACGUGCAAACCAUACAGCUGUGUCGGCGCCUCACUGUGGAGUGGAUGAACUUUGCGAUAACCUCCCGUGCCCUCAGAAAGGUUUUCAUCUCUAUCAAGGGAAUAUAUUACCAGGUUGAGGUGAUGGGGCAGCUAAUUACAUGGCUGGUGCCGUAUCAAUUCGCCCAUGAUCAUCCUACUGAUGUUGACUACAGAGUCAUGGCAACUUUCACAGAGUUCUACACAACUCUCUUGGGCUUCAUCAACUUCCGGCUCUACCAUUCUCUCAAUCUGGUUUACCCACCAAAGCUGGACAGUAAAUCAGAGCAGGAGCUAAAGGACACAAAUGAGGAUGACUAUGCCUUGGAUUCAGAAAGCUACUUAGAGAAACUCUCCGCCUUGAGUUCGAGUCUGGCCCGGGUAGUUUCUUCUGCAGAGGAAGAAGAAGCGCAAGUGGACCACUUUCCUGUUGAUGGGGAAGACAUGGAAAAGUUGGAAGAAAGAGAAAGGGAGCACAAGCAGCUGGAAGCCCAUAAGAAAAUCUUUGAGGGAUUCAAGUUUUUCCUCAACAGGGAAGUCCCCAGAGAGUCUCUGGCUUUUGUCAUCAGGUGCUUUGGUGGCGAGGUGUCCUGGGACAGGACCGUCUGCAUCGGGAGCACGUACGAUGAGACAGAUGAGACCAUCACACAUCACAUUGUUGACAGACCCAGUGUUGGCACGCAAUACAUCAACAGGUACUAUAUCCAGCCACAGUGGGUGUACGACUCUGUCAAUGCCAAAAUAGUGCUUCCUGUGGAGGACUACUUCAUGGGAGUCGCUCUUCCGCCUCACUUGUCUCCAUUUGUGGAGGAGAAGGAGGGAGACUAUGUUCCUCCAGAGAAAUUGAAGAUGAUGGCGUUGCAAAGGGGCGAGAAGCCGGCCCAGCAAAAUGAUGAAGAGGAAGAGAGUGAAGAGGAGGACGAGGAGGGUGAAGAAGAUGAGGAGGAAGAAGACAAGGUCCAAGAGAAUAAACUCAAGAAGAUGGAGCAGCAAAGAUCCCAUCCCAGGGUCAAAGUAACUGCCGGGAAGUUGAAAGUGGAUAAUCGAGCUCAGCGGGAGCAGCAGGAGGAAGCUGAGGAGAAGCGACUGGCCAUCAUGAUGAUGAAGAAAAAGGACAAGCACCUCUACGACAAAAUCAUAUUUGGAAAAAAGAGAAAAGUCCGAGAGGCAAACAAGCUCGCUGCAAAGAGGAAAGCUCACGAUGACAUUGAAAAGGCAAAGAAGAAAAAGGCCCGAAAAUGACUUGUGAUAAAUCAACCUUUGUAGCAUAAUUAUAACCGGUAUGUAAUUCUUGAUGUAGAAGUGACCGUUUAUCAUUUUGUUCCAGUCUUCAACACACACUUUUCAUCGACACUCUUUUAACUUGUGGACUGUAUUAGCAAAGUAUUUCUUACGACCAUGCAACAAUGAUUCAAUUAAAAUGGAAUAUUCUA